UGAUUGACAGCUACACUACCAGUAGAAAAGCACAAAGCGAACAUUAACUCUUACAGUUAGAGAGCUUAACUUUCCCUGCAUGGUUUUAAUCGGAUGGACAUCCUAAAAACAGCAAUGUGUGUUCGCAAUCUGUGGCUGUUGCUGAUUUUCGGUUCAUGCGCUUUUUGGAAGCGGACCGUGGCGGAACCAGGCGCCGGGAUGCGCACGUGGGACAGGUUCAGUAAACUGCCUUAUCCAGAAGAUAAAGCAUUUUUGUACGACACGUUCCCCCAGGGCUUCAUAUGGGCCGUGGGCACCGCCGCAUAUCAAGUGGAGGGCGCAUGGCAAAAGGACGGUAAGGGCAAGUCGGUCUGGGACACGUUCACUCGCGCCGGGAGUCGCGUGGUCACGGGAGACGUGGGCAGUGACAGCUACCACAACCUGGCUGGAGACCUGCGCGCGCUUCAGCAGCUCGGCGUCACGCAUUACCGCUUCUCUCUGUCCUGGCCGCGGAUAUUCGCCAAUGGCACGAAAAGUACUUACAACGCAAAGGGAGUUGAAUAUUACAAGAAUCUCAUCCUUGGACUGAAGAGAAUCCGAGUGGAGCCCGUGGUGACUCUGUAUCACUGGGAUUUACCGGACAGCCUGCAGAACACAUACGGAGGAUGGAGCAACUCUGUGCUUGUGGAUCUGUUCAGGGAUUACGCAGAAUUUUGCUUUCAAACCUUCGGCUCAGAUGUAAAGUUUUGGAUCACAAUGGACAAUCCGUUUGUCGUGGCCUGGCACGGAUAUGGGACUGGAGUUGUGGCACCUGGGAUAAAAAACAAUCCAGAUUUGCCUUUUAGAGUUGGUCAUAAUCUAUUAAAGGCUCAUGCUGCAGCAUGGCAUGUAUAUGAUGAGCACUAUCGUGCCCAACAAGGAGGGAGAGUGUCUAUAGCGCUGGCUUCCCACUGGAUCAAACCGAGCAGGACGAGUCAGGAGAGCCGACGGGCUUGUCAGUGCUCGCUGAACUUUGUGCUGGGUUGGUUUGCUCAUCCCCUGUUUGUAAAUGGAGAUUACCCACCAUGCAUGAAGAACAACCUCACACACAGACUACCAACAUUUACCCAGGCAGAGAAGGAGUAUGUUAAUGGAACAGCUGAUUUCUUUGCCCUGUCUCAUGGACCUGCUCUUAGUUUCCAAUUGAUUAAUGACAGCCUGCGCUUCGGACAGACUGAGGAUCUGGAUCUACGUAUGCUGCUCUUCUGGGUUCACUCAGAAUAUAACAAGCCUCCCAUCUUUGUAGUGGAAAGUGGCUGGUUCGUCAAUGGCAAUACCAAGACAAAGGAUGCUAAGCACAUGUAUUACCUCAAACGUUUCAUAGUGGAGACUCUGAAGGCAAUUCGACUGGAUAAAGUGAAUGUGUUUGGAUACACCGCCUGGUCAUUGCUCGAUGGCUUUGAGUGGCAUAGGGAGUAUGGAAUACGCCGUGGUCUUUACUAUGUAGACUUCAAAUCUGAUCACCUGACGAGAGAGCCAAAGACCUCAGCCAUGUUUUACAGCAAACUGAUCGAGAAGAAUGGCUUCCCUCAGCUCCCAGAGAACAGGCCUCUUGUUGGAGUUUUCCCUUGUGAUUUCACAUGGGGAGUAGCUGCAAAUUCCAUACAGGUUGAGACCACACCUAUGCAGUUUGUUGACUCAAGUGUGUAUGUCUGGAACAUGUCAGCCAAUGGAAAACUGAAAAAGCUGGAGGGUGUGGAAGUUCCCAUGCACAGAAGGCGCCAUUGUGCUGACUUUGCUGCAAUUCGGCAACAAGUAUCAGAAAUCAAACACAUGCAUGUUUCCCAUUUCCACUUCUCCCUCAACUGGUCCUCUAUUGUCCCUACAGGCCAUGUAUCAGAAGCUAACAACACUUUGCUAAGCUAUUACCACUGCUUUGUUAGUGAACUCCAGAGGGCCAACAUCACCCCAGUGGUCACUCUUUGGCACCACACUGGAAAACUCUCGAGUCUGCCUGCACCACUGGAGAACAACAGAGGUUGGCAAAGUGAAGAGACAGUGCAGGCCUUUGCUAAAUAUGCUAGACUGUGCUUUCAAAGGCUUGGGGAUCACGUUAAGUUAUGGAUCACACUGAAUGAACCUAAUGACGAAGACCUUGGCUAUGCAGUCGGCCAUCAGUUGCUUCGUGCCCAUGCUCUAGCCUGGCGUGUGUAUGACAGUGAGUUUCGCCAGUCACAAGGUGGUAAAGCCUCUUUGGUGCUGCAUAUGGACUGGGUUGAACCUGCAUUCUCUUUCAACCGAGAAGACGUGGCCCCUGCAAAGCGAGUUCUGGAUCUACGUGUGGGAUGGUUUGCAGAACCCAUCUUUGGCAGUGGAGACUAUCCACCAGUGAUGCGCCAGUGGCUACAGCAGCGAAACCCUAUCGACCUGUUCAACUACCACCUACCCACAUUCAGUGAAGAGGAUCGACAACUAGUCAAAGGCACCUAUGACUUUUUUGCCCUCAGUCAUUUCACAACCUCCAUGGUGUAUGAUGAAGUGGAGGAUAAGUACUUUUUCAAGGACACAUUAGAGGUACAGCUGAUUUCAGAUGUAACCUGGAUAAUGUCUCCAAGGCGUAACUCUCCAGUGGUUCCUUGGGGUUUACGCAAAGCCCUAAACUGGGUUGCUUUUAAUUACAAAAGUGUUCCCAUUUAUGUCAUGGCCAAUGGGGUCCAAGAAGACAUAGCCAGAUUCAGAGACAGUCUACGGGUUUACUAUCUGUACAACUAUAUCAAUGAAGCCUUAAAAGCAUACGCACUGGAUGGGGUCAAUUUGAGAGGCUACUUUGCCUAUGCGUUUAACGACCAGCAUGACCCAGGCUUUGGCAUGUAUGGCCACGUGGAGGCGGAGACCAUCAUGAAAUCGUCUCUAACCCACUACAGAAAAAUUAUUGACAAUAAUGGGUUCCCGGUCCCCGGUAGUUCUCCACAACAUUGUCCCCACAUCACUGAACACUCACCUGUGUGUCAUGUGUUGGCCAAACGCACUGUUGUGGGUUUCAUAUCUUUGGUUGCUUCUGCCAUGCUUGUUACUGUGGGUGUUGUUAUAUACUAUUGCACAAAGAGACCCAAAUAACAGUCUGUGAUAUGGAUAUUACUUAAAUUAACCCAGAAUGAAAUGUGAAACUCAUUUUAGUUGUUUUUUAGUUUGUAGAAUACUUUAUCAAAUCCUAAGUAUUUGUGUAUGUAUACACACAACAAAUACACAUAUUUGCAAUCCCACAAUGCUGCGUGCUUAAUAUUAAGUGCUCAGAGGUGUCACAAGUGGCUUCUCAACUGGCAUACAGACUAUAUAGUCCAAAAAUUCACACAGCCCCCAGUUUGAUAUGUGUUAGCUUGUAUAUUUUGUAGAGAAAACAUGCAGCACUUUAAUAGUUGUAUCUAUUGUUCUGAAUAUCUGUAUUGAAUUUAUUACAUGAAAAAAGUGUGUUGAA